GGGCGGGGACCGGCCGAGCGAGCGAGGGGGGCCGCGCUGAGCCUGCCGUCCGCCCGCUGCUCGCGGCCCCGGAGGUUCUUACGGCCCCGGAGGUCCUUAUGGCGCCGGCCCCGCCGCCCCUUGCUGGUUGACGGCAGCGCCCCGCCCGGCCCCGGGCUCCGCCGGUCCGUUUUGCGGCAAGGCGCCGGAGGCGGUGAGGGCGGUGAGGGAAGGCGGGCUGCGCGCACAGCGGCUCCGGCCUGCCGCCCGAAUGGGCUGCGCCAUAAAGAAGGAGGUUGUGCCGUAAAUAAAGGGGUUGUGCUUGCCCUAGGCGUCAGCUUUGGACCCGAUUGCUGCGGUUGCUAUAAAAUAAAUUACAACGAAAGAAAACCACCUUAGAAUGGACAAACUGCAACCCAGAUUGAUGUUUUUCAUUAGGAGAAAGAUGUUUAUGCAGCCGGAGCUGAAGCGCUCGGACAGUUCACAGGAUCACAGAGUCAUUAAGGUUGGAAAACACCUCAGAGAUCACGAAGUCCAACCACCAACCCGUCCCCACCAUGCCCACCAGUGCCACAUCUCCAGGGUUGUGAACAUCUCCGUCAACAGUAUUUUGACAGCAACCCAAUGGGACUGCUAUCACUGGGACCACUCAUACCAUAGAAUAUCCUGGGUUGAAUAGGACCACAAUGAUCAUCUAGUUUCAACCCCCCUGCUAUGUGCAGGGUCGACAACCACUGCAGACCAGACCCCUUUGCUGGGGUUCUGCACCAGAAGCAUGAGAAAGGCUGUAAAGAGGUGCUUUAGCCUGCUUAAAAACACACUGCAGUCACACUUGGUCUUUGAAAUGAAGGCUCUCCUCUGAAGGAAACUCAGCAUCGCCUCUGUAGGUUUAGUUAUUUUAAGAAACCACAGUUUGCAUUAAAAUUGCCAACUCAUACACAAACACAGAAAUAGCACGGCUUCAUUUAAAGAAUACUGACAACCCCUCAGAGUGCACAUGCUUAAGUAAUUCUGUACUAAGGCGUAAAAAUCGAAUUUUAACAUAAAUAUUGACCUGUAGAAAGCAUCUAAAUGGCCACACUCUUCAGAGCUGUUAAAAAACAGUUAGAGGGUUCUCCACAUGUUGAUACGAAGGGGAAAAAACCACUAACCAUUCCACCCACACCAACCACCGUAUGAAAGGAACGUGAAUGCUGCUCUUCUGCUUCACCUUUCCCUGCCUUCUCCUAUCCAGCUUGGGCAUCCUGGAUGCAGAUUCAGCUCAUUUUGUCCCAUUUAGCUUUGCAGGUUACUGCACAGCCAUGACAGCCGUCCCUUCUUCCGCAGUGGGCUCGUUUUGUUUCUGGAAAGGGGGAAGAGAAACUGCAGAAAUAGCUGCUCACAAACCAAGUCCUCGUGGGCUUCUAAAUGUUCUGUGCUGUACUGGGAGCCGUACAACUCUUCAUUCCUCAUAAUGGUAAUGUGGUACAGUAAAGAUUAGAGGAGGAAAGGGUGGACUGCACCAGAGCUGCUGCUGUUGCUCAGCUGAAUGAAUAUAAAGGGGUUUCAGCAGCUCAGUCUGAUUUGGACUGAGCUUGCACAGAAGGUACUGGAGGAACAAGUGGUUGUAGGAGGACAGGCUGUAGCCCUCUCCUUCACAGUCAUUCCAUUUGUUUUAAAAUCCCCUUCAAGGGCCCAUCUCCCUGAUGAGAAAGUGUCCGUGGCACAGCAUAAGGAAGAUUAAUCCUUUCCCCUUGGCAAAAAAAAAAACCAAGAAUGGUUUUGUUAUUGCAGUUGGCAGAACCAAGGGAUUUUCAAUAAGAAGCACAUUUAAUGUCACCUGUCUGUAGGACCAGAGGGAGGCUCCCCUGGAGUGCUGAGAACGCACUGCAAGACCAUGUUUCUUUUUCAGAAGUUUCACAGAGACCCUUUACUUUGGUCACACAUACAAGAAGCUGCCCCAUUUCCCUGCUCUCCCCGUGUUUCCUCCCAGUAUCUUUUGGCUGUGUGCUGAGCUGAGGGAUGCCCUGCUUCCUCCAGCUGGAAAGCACCUAGCAUUAAUUAAGGCUACGCUCACAGCUCAACUAUUUGCAACACCAACUGCUGGGGAGGCUGUCACCAGUAUGUUAUUUCCUACUGCUCAUGGGCUGAGUUAAAUCAAUUCUUAACAUUCCCCAGUGGUAACUGAUGAUGAGUCCCCUGCAGAUGCUAAGCUAAUCAUCUGCCAAAACUCAAAACCCUGGAGUAAUUUCAAGAAAGUAGAACUAUUGUUUCAAACUUCUAUCCAACACAUACACACCCCAAACAAUCCAAAGCAAAGCAACUGCGAGCACAGCAGUACAAAGACAACAGAAACGUGAGGGAGGGGGAAAAAUGCAAGUGAUGAGCAGGGCAGGGAUGGGUAUGAGCAAGAACCACAGGUGAUGGGUUAGCCAAAGGCCUGGGGGACAAAAGGGAUAACGCUAGGAAGCUGCACAGUGGGCCUGGGGCCUCUGUGCUGAAAUACUGGUUCUGCAAAGAUUUGUGCUGAGCAGCACCGAGGGCUGCACUUGUACAAACCUGAGGAGCAUUCACAUAUUCACAGAGUUUUGGCUUUUUUUUCUCCCUCCAACUCAUGUUUAAUAUGCCGAGAAAGACUUCCUAGUUGAGUACUGUCUUUACAUCUUCAAGUUUACAAACCUGAUAUUUUCUAGAUACGGCUGACAUUUGUUGGUUUCUAGUUGUAACUCAGAAUGUCUUUGACAUGUCACCUGCAAACAACUUUUCAGAGAGUUAUAAUUAGCUGGAAAAUUUGAAUACCAUAGCAGUGAAUUAAAAAUUCAUUUGGGGUGAAGACAAACAAGACACGCGCUGACAUUUUAAAGACCUCCGGGUUAACUCAACGUAAUUAACAAUAUUAAACAGUCAUCAGACAGACAGUUCUGUGCUCACUGAGCAAAUAUUACAGAUGUAAUGAGAACUAAGUAUAUAAAUCCCACCUUUAAAGAAAACCCCAAAGCAGGGAUCUGCUUCUACACCAUCUUGGCUGAAAUAAUAUUUUACUUGGAUUUCUGAGAGACUGAGACCAAAUCCUGAGAACUGGGACAGACAUCUUUUCUUGUCAGACAGCCAAAUCUGAAGACUCUGCUGCCCGUUGAUAAAUGGCAAGGAUUCCCUCUCCUCCUCCAUCCUUUCCUGUGAGCAGCUGCUGACUGCGCGCCCUGGGAAUACAGACAGUAAUCCACCUUCUAGACCCAGCCACCUACUGGGAACAUUAAGACAAGUAUUGUCAUUUUUGAAGUCAAUACAACUGAAGACUGAAAAUAUUAAUUCCAUUCCUUACCACGUUAAAAUAUUAUCAAGCCCUUCUCUUUGGACAGCCUUAAUAUUGCCACAUACCAAGACCAGUCAACUAACAUUUAAGCUACUAGAAACCCAGUUUUACCACGAGUCAGCUGACUCUGUAAAUAUAAUUGGCAGGCGUUUAGUAACAUAUAGUCUUCUUGGAUUACAUUUUUAAACAAAAUGGGUGCAUCUCAACAAGCUUUUAUGUGUGCUAUAAAAUAUUACUUAGCUGAUGUUAAUUAAAUAAACCAACAAGCCUCUGUGAGAGUGUCAAAACAAAAUGGCGGCAGCCAGACAGCGCUAUUUUAUCUAGAGGAAUUUUGAAUUCAAAAAUGUUUCCUGUAAGUGGCCAGAAGGAAGUACAUUUAAUAUACAGGUGUUACUGUGCAGUAGAUUGUCCAAUAGUUGACACCUCGGUUAAAGCUCUGGUUAUUCAGGUGAUGCAGGCCUGAUGUGAUCCAGCAGUGAGUGAAUCACACGGCAGUUCUGGUGGGACCAGAUCUCCAGAGGUCACAAAGUCCAACCUCCUGCUGGAGGCAGGGACAGCUGGGACAUCAGACCAGGCUGCAGGCUGUGCUGGGCUUUAUGCAGGCUGGAGUUUUUACUCUUUGAUCUGAUAGACAAUCUUUCCUCUCCUGUGGUAAUUGCUCGUAAGCACUCAGCAGUUAACAGCGCAGAAAGAUACAUGAAUCAAAACCAAAGCAGCAUACAAGAGCAGAAUACGUUAAUUACAUCUUGAAUUGCCUUUUUUUUUUUUUUUUUUUCCUAGAUAUUAGUAGGUACUACAUGGUUUGAGUUUUGGGAGUGCCUACUGGAGGAAAAACCGCAUGCAUCAGUGCAGGUUAUGGGAUGAGCUGCUGGAGAGGAGCUCUGUGGAGAAGGACCCGGGGGUGCUGGUGGACAACUGGUUGGCCAUGAGCCAGCAGCCUGCUCUCGUGGCCAAGAAGCCCAAUGGUAUCUGGUGUGCGUUAACAAGAGCAUAAAAACUUGUACUUAAGAAGCUCUGUACUAACAUGUGGGGGAACUUCUAUGCAGUGAGGGUGACGGAGCAGUGGAACAGGCUGCCCAGAGAGGUUGUGGAGUCUCCUUCUGUGGAGAUAUUGAAGGCCCAUCUGGGUGCCCACUGUGUGACCUACUGUAGGGAGCUGCUUUAGCAGAGGGGUUGGUCUCACUGAUCUCUUGGGGUCGCUUCCAACCCCCGUGAUUCUGUGAUUCUGUGACUCUGUGAUCCCUGCGGGUUGUGACCGUGUGCUUCUGUGCUCCAAACUCAGACCAGAGUUUUCUCAGUUGAUUCUAACAGGACAGGAACACACGGUGACACCUGCCUGGGGCUGCCGUACCCAAGUACUGAAGAAGGGGGUAUUCAAGCAAAAAUAUUUAUUUCGGCUGCUUUUUUUAAACCAAGUGCUUGCCGAGCACUCUGCGGGGGGGUGAAUUCCCUCAGCCCUGACCCCCCAGCGGCCCUGCAGCGAGAUGCCACGACGCCCACAGGAGCCGUACAGCCGUCCGAGGGCCGAAAGCACACAGCGCAGCCUCCUCCCCCUCCGCGCCCCACCCCCACCUGCCCGUCCCCAUGGCAACAGCGCGGCCUCAGGACCCCGCGCUUAGCUGCCCGCCUCGCUGCCUGCUCCCUCACGCAGAUCAAGAUGGAGACCUGUCAGGGACAAUUUCACUUGUUAUGACGCAGUGUUGUAAAAGAAUAAAGGACACAGUUCAAAAACUGGCCUCAGAUCACAAAGACAUUCACAGCAGUGUAUCCCGAGUUGGAAAAGCCAUUGAUAAGAAUUUUGACUCUGACAUCAGCAGCGUGGGGAUAGAUGGGUGCUGGCAGGCUGACAGCCAGCGGAUCCUCAACGAGGUGAUGGUAGAGCACUUCUUCCGGCAAGGCAUGUUGGAUGUGGCCGAGGAACUGUGUCAGGAAUCUGGUCUAUCAAUAGAUCAGAGUCAGAAAGAACCAUUUGUGGAAUUAAAUCGAAUAUUGGAAGCAUUAAAAGUUAGAGUUCUGAGACCUGCAUUAGAGUGGGCGGUAUCCAACAGAGAAAUGCUUAUGGCACAGAAUAGUUCACUGGAGUUCAAACUACACAGAUUAUAUUUCAUUAGUUUAUUGAUGGGUGGAACAGCAAAUCAAAGAGAAGCGCUUCAGUAUGCAAAAAACUUCCAGCCGUUUGCCCUAAACCAUCAGAAAGAUAUUCAGGUUUUGAUGGGCAGCCUGGUGUAUCUGAGGCAAGGUAUAGAGAACUCGCCGUACGUUCAUCUAUUAGAUGCAAAUCAGUGGGCGGACAUCUGUGACAUCUUCACAAGAGAUGCCUGUGCUCUUCUGGGUCUCUCAGUUGAAUCACCGCUCAGUGUUAGUUUUUCAGCAGGUUGUGUAGCAUUACCAGCUCUAAUUAAUAUCAAGGCAGUUAUUGAACAAAGGCAGUGCACAGGUGUUUGGAACCAGAAGGAUGAACUACCGAUUGAAGUGGACCUUGGUAAAAAGUGCUGGUACCAUUCAAUAUUUGCCUGUCCCAUUCUCCGUCAGCAAACAACAGAUAAUAAUCCACCUAUGAAAUUAGUCUGUGGUCAUAUUAUAUCAAGAGAUGCUUUGAAUAAAAUGUUUAAUGGCAGCAAAUUAAAAUGCCCCUAUUGUCCGAUGGAACAGAGUCCUGGAGAUGCCAAACAGAUAUUUUUCUGAAGAAAAGCUUCAUUAUGCGGUCUGUAAGUGACACUCUGCAAUUCAGGUGCAUUUCAGGAGAAUUAAAACACACCUGUUCCAUUUUAUGCAGCAGACUGAGGACUCCAAUGUUUGUAUAAGCUAAUGCUACAGAAACUUUGCCAACAUUUAGUAUAUACAUACCAAGUGGAAAUGCUACAGAAAUAUUAUUACCAUAGGGCUUUACUAUACUCUUGGUCUCCAUACCUGAUCAAGUUACUACACCAGCAGUUGUCAUUCAAUGCAGGUUUUUGUACUCAAUUAUAUGGUGACUUUUUACUUUUUAAAAGCAGAAAUGGAUCACCCCCAUUUGUUUAAUAUUCCUCCUGCUAUCAUCUAUCGGUAACUGUCACCUUAGAGAAUGUUUGUGCAAGAGGUUUUAUUUCCUGUAAUGUGUACAUAAUUAAAGGUAAAUACUUCAGGAAAAAAAAAAAGUUUGAUAAAUUGAAUAGUGGUUAUAAAACUAAUUUGUAUUUUUUUUGCUGAAAGAGCUGUGAUAUAUUCUGAGUUUUUCUUUCAAACAUUUUUUCAACUUUUACAUAGAAUUCAAAGUAAAUGUGCAUAUAUAUAAAAUAUAUAAAUAUAUAGCCCUAAGGGGCUACCUGUUAAAAUCCAUCACUAAUUUAUAAGGGUGAUGUGUGGAUAGAUUACUGCUGGAACAGAGGGAAUAGGAAAUCCUGUUCCCUAGGUUUCAAAUGUUUGUGUAAAAGAAUACUCAAUAAAAGGAAAUUCUGAAGUGGAAAUGCUUUUAGUUGAUGACGUUUGCUCUCUGGCCUUCGUAGUCAUGUUCUUUGGACUUUGUAUUCGGGAUUAGGCUAUAAAUGUCAUGUUGCUGUAUAGUUUAAUAGUCAUUAUAGUGUGCUAUUUAUAAACAGUUAUCAAAACCAAAUAAAUUGUAUAAGUAUUCAUUGUUAAAUGGGGGAAAAGCAUGUUCUGAUGCAGUCUUCUGGUCACGACGCUGCACUUGGCAGAAUUGGGCCCUACGUCACGUAUUAGGAGGUAGCAAAUUUUCUGUAGCUUGAGAACACUUUGCUUCUAGCCUUGUUUUUGUAGUAGACUAUUACUGCCAUUGCCACUUUUUCUGCUCAAUUUGUCAUAUUGUUGACUAGGUAAAUUUGUACUCAUGAACAAGGUGUAGAUCAUGGCAGUUCAAUCUUUUUCUAGUGUGCAGAUAUUUGUAUUUAUUGCACUGUCCUAUAGUAGGGCAAGCAGCCAUAAGGCAUGCGAAGCUACGUGUAAAAUCCUAUUUCUGUAUUGUGGAGUAAAAAACCUGAGCUUACAUGGUUGAAUACUGACACACUGGUUGAAUGCACUAGCACAAUGCACUACAAAGAAGACCGUCUGUGAGACAUCUCCACCUUUUGAAUCUGUGUGCCACCUGACUUGAGAGACUGAGUUGGACUCUGUCGGAUCAGUGACAACGGACAUCCUGAAAGAGACACUAAGAGCAACAAGUCAAGGCACACACGUUUUGAGCCUGAAAUGUGUUUGGCACGUGUGAACAAUGCAGGUGUGUGACUUUCUGCAAAACUUCUAUUGUAUUCACACUGAGUUCCAACCAACCAGGUUACCGAGUGGUAAAAUUAACAAUAAACAGGUGAGGAUAUUAUUUUCCAUGUA